UCCAUUUGCAGUGUAACUAAAUAGUUACGCCGCGCUUCAAGUCGGGGACAAUUUGAUCGUUCGCAGCCGGGGCGCGCUCGGCGGGACGAAGCACACUCGGCGACUGCGACUUGGGACGGUUUGAGCGGGCGUUGGACGCACCGAGACCUCGCUCGCUUCCUUCGGCAGAUGCGGAUGCUCCUUUGGCCCGGAGCCGGCCAGCUGAGGUGAAGGCGAGGGCGCAGUGUGGAUGAGCCGCUGUGGGAACGAGGACCAUGAUCUGAAGGCUCGCUCGUCCUCUAUUCUUUCUCCAUCCUCGUCAUUGAAUAAAAAGCUCCCACGUCCGGCAGGAAGUGUUUAAACGUGCGAGCAGGAAGUGGAAGAAGGUUUAGCCAUCACCCCUGAGCCCCCCAGCUGCAACACCACCAACAUGGGGAGGAAAAAGAUUCAGAUUCAGAGGAUCACCGAUGAGCGCAACAGACAGGUGACCUUCACCAAAAGGAAAUUCGGCCUGAUGAAGAAGGCAUAUGAGCUGAGCGUGCUGUGCGACUGCGAGAUUGCCCUCAUCAUCUUCAACCACUCCAACAAACUUUUCCAGUACGCCAGCACCGACAUGGACAAGGUGCUGCUGAAGUACACAGAGUACAACGAGCCGCACGAGAGCCGGACCAAUGCCGACAUCAUCGAGGCUCUGAACAAGAAAGAGCACCGGGACUCUGAGAGCCCAGACCCCGAGGAGCCCUUCUCGCUCACGCCGCGCACUGAGGAGAAGUACAAAAAAAUUGACGAGGAGUUUGAUAAAAUGAUGCGCAACUAUAGGCUGUCAGCCGCCGUCCCACAGCCAACCUUCUCCAUGCCUGUUACCGUACCGGUAUCCAAUCAGAGUGCCCCACCGCCGCAGCCAACCACCCUCCAGUUCAGCAACAACCCGGGCGGCACCCUGGUCACCACCACCUCCUUCGUCAACGCCGCCCUGUCAGAUCCCCGUCUGCUUUCGCCACAGCAAACCGCCCUGCAGAGGAACAGCGUCUCCCCUGGACUGCCGCAGCGACCUGCCAGCGCAGGUGCCCUCCUCGGAGAUCUGGGAAACUCCAACGGAGCGUGCCCGAGUCCAGUCCCUAACGGCUACAUUAGCGCCCGGGCCUCGCCGGGCCUGCUGUCCAUCUCCAAUGGCAACAACAGCAACCUGGUCAAGGUGGUCCCGGCCAAGUCUCCGCCUCCUGCCAGUCCUCAGAUGGUCAGCGCUCGCAAGCCAGACCUCCGGGUCAUCACCUCACAUGGCAGCAAGAGCCUCAUGCAGCUAACAGACGAAGAACUGGACCUGGUCAGCGAGAAUGCUCAACUGCUAGGCAGCUCCCAGGUGCCGCAGCCCCUCACCACCCCAGUGGUUUCUGUGGCGACUCCCAGUCUCCUGGCGCCCUUCUCCGCCAUGCAAACACCCUACACUGAGUACCAGCAGACGAGCGCGGACCUGACGGCCCUGCAGACGUUCACGCCGGCGGGCCUGGUGCCUGGUAACAUGGCUGCUUGGCAACAGCAACAGCAGCUGGCCGUUGCCCAGCAACAGACGGCGCCGCCCAUCAGCCUGGCGUCACUCACCAACCUGGUCAUGUGGGGUUCUGACAAACAGAGUGCAGAGAUGGUUAACUGCAUCUCCAACAUUGCCGCUAACCUCAGGCCGAUGGCUCCUCUCCCUCAGGGCACGGCACUGACCAUCAACACCAACCCUCACGUCAACAUCAAGUCCGAGCCAGUGUCACCCAACCGGGACCGCAGCACUCCCUGCCCCACUUUGGGCGGGGGUGGCGGCAUUCAAAUCCACGGGCAGGUGGCGCCCUCGUACCCCGCCACCUUGCGCCUGGAGGCGGGAGGCCAAGGCCGCUCUCCCGUCGACAGCCUGAGCAGUAACGGCAGCUCCUACGACGGCAGCGACCGGGACGACGCCGCCGCCCAGGGUCGGGGCGGAGGAGGAGUGUGCGGCGGCGGGGGUCCGGACUUCCACCUCCACCAGCAGGCCGGCGUCCAGCAGCCCACCAUGGUGCUGCUGCGGCCCGCCUCGGCCGAGCCUCAGGAGCAGGACAACGUGAAGAGGAUGAGGUUGGACGCGUGGGUCACAUAAAGCGCUCAUGCCAUGCCGGGCUGGGCCGGACAGAACCAGUUGAGGCCCGUACCCAAACCCCCAUUAACACACACCAGCCCCAGAACUCCUCCACACACACACACACACACACACACACACAAGCAUGCUUAUCACUUUUGCACACACUAACGUUCACAGUCACUACUCACAGCAAGGGCUUUGGCGUGAAGUUUCAGAAUGAACCUAAAAUGCACUAUAACCUUUUCAGGUGAACUUAAUUUGACCUUCGAACUUUUCGAAUGUCCAACUGUUCAUUGAUUCCGUAUUCUUUGCAAAACUUUUUGUUCCCUAACCUGGAGCUGAAUUUUGUGUUUAUUGUUUUGUUUUGUUUUUGAAAUUCCAUUCACUUUUAAGCCUUUCUGUGACUCUUCCAGUCUCUCCGUUGCAACGUGCUGAAGACACUGUAUGACGGUCACAGCUAAGUGGCCACUUCACUCUGAGAACGUCCUGUUUAAAGCCUAGCAAUGGCGUAAAAUGAAAAAUGUUACUUUAUUUGUGUAAGAUUUUGACUUUUUUCAUGUGUAAGAUUUUGACUUUUUUCAGGUAUGCUUACCAUACUUUCCUCCCAAAAAAUAAUGUUAAAGCCUCAUUGACCGAAAGAAAAUAUAUAUUUUAGUCUCAUUAAACAACAAAAACAAUCAAAUAUUUUUAUUCUUGUAAGAUUAAAAGUAAUCUUGGUGAAAUAAAACUUUAAAAGAUGUGGUUUUAUUGUGAUAAAUAUGAUUUUAUUCGGAUAAGAAUGAUAAAGAAAUUAACUUACAAUUAUGACUAUUCUAGGGUGAGUUUUUUAUUGGCCAGUAAAUUUAUAGUCAUCAGCAGGUUGCAACAGAGAUACAGAGAGACUGCAAGAGUCACGGAAAGACAAAAGUGGACAUUUUAUUGUACUUUAUUCUAAAAAUAAACUUUUAUUUUGUAUUUUUUAAUACAAUUUUGUUUUCUGGGAGAAAAAAAAUACUGUAAAAUUACAAGUUUACUAUGGUGAGAUUACUAUGGUUACUGAUCUUAUCAAUCGGUUGCAACCAAGAUACUGGAAGAGUCACAGAAAGGCAUAGAAGUGUACAUUGUUGAAAAUGUGGCUCAAAUACCUGUGAGUUUUGCUCUUCAGCUCGUUGUUACAGAACAGCAGGUUGUGCAAAAAUGUACUGAAACAUUGAACAGUUCGAAAUUUCAAAGUAUACAGAAGGUCAAAAUAGAUUUACCUGUAAAGGUUAUAAUGCGUUUUAAGUUCAUCCUGACAUUUGACCUUAAAGUUCAAUAUAAGUUUUUGUGAUCACAUUUGCGGGUAGACUUCUAUCCCCUUAUUCCGUAUUGGUACCUUUCACAUGCGACGGCAAGCCAGGAAGAAGCCAGUUUUAAUGAGUAGUGUUAAAGGGGAUAAUGAGGUUUCCCAGCAUGCCUUGCGUGUGCCACUAUUGCGUCUGCGUGUCUCCAGAGUUUAUCAAGACAAUGAAGGAAAAGUGUGCCCCACUCUCACGGUCAAGAAGACCCCCCCCCCCCAAUACAAGACUGACGACCCUCACGAGUUUUAGACUGCUUUAACGCUUUACGGUUUGUGAGUGAGGUGGUUUUGAGUCCAAGUUUCCCAAAAUGCAUCGCAACAAACCACGUGGCAUAGCUCUCUUCUUUGAUUGGUCAAAAGAAAGUCAACAAAAUGCUGGUUUAUUGGACUGACGACAACACAAAAUGCACACCAGGAAAUAGCCCAGCCCUAGAAAUCCCGGUUCAGUUUCAAAGAUGAGUCCCCGUGAAUAACCAACUUCCUUUUCAGUUUGGGACACAAUUCACUCAGAAUGGCAAAAUUCCUGUUCAAUGUCACGCACAAUUCCCCUUAAACAGCCGCUUCAAACCAAGACAACUGACUUCCAUAAUUUAAGAGAUGAGUCUACUUCCUGUUAGAUUUGGGACAUAAGUCCCCCCCAAAAUGGCCGACUUCAUGUUAGACUUCAGGCACGAGCAGCCGACUUUUUCAAUUUCAGGCACGACUCGCCUAAAAUGGCCGCCUUCCUGUUCAAUCACAAUCUUGAGUCCCCCCCAAAAUGGCCACCUAUACUGUAUAUUCAAUUUUGUCCCAAAUACCCAAUACCUUUUCGUGACAAAUUUCCCAGAAUUUAGCACCACGUCUUCCUGUUUGCACGCUUUUAAUCAAUCAGAGAAGAGAACAACCAAAAAGUUUUUGUCGCCAUGCGUUUUUUUUUUUAUUUUUUUUUUUUAUAACCGUGUGAACACUAACUUACGUUGCUUACAAACCAGAAAGCAGAGACGCUAACUAAUUCAUGAAUGACUUAAGUAAUUAGCUAAAUAAGGUGGGAAAGCAGCCUUUGUCGGAAUGAUUUGUUGCCACGGCAACGAUAGAAUCAGGGAGGACGAUGAACCGCGUGUGUGUGUGUGCGUGCGUGCGCGCGCGUGCGGCCACUUGUGACAUGAACCACAUUGGGGGGGUGUACAUAAACGCGUGUGUGUGUGUGUGUGUGUGUGUGUGUGGGUGACAAGUUUGAGUAAUAAUAAUUAUAUAAAUAAUAAUAAUAGAUGACAACCACGUGCACGCCACAGGGAUUGUACAUAGGAGCUCAGUAUUUGGCAGGAAGUAAGGAAAGAACAAAACAGAUUCUCAGUGGAUUUUGUUUUGGUUGUUUUUUUAAAUAAUUCUUUAUGGCUGUGUGUACAGUAUAAAGGUGUAGUUUGUUGACAAUGCACCAGAGGGCGCUGUGGGGCAGAAAAGGGACAGUUGGGCCUCGAUGAUGAUGAUGAUGAUGAUGGUGGAGCGCGCUUUUUACACACACACAUCCACACAGACAAAGAUCAAUGCAAAGAUUCAAUCCGUCCACGUGUUUUUAUACUUUUUGACGUUAAACUUUUAGAUCAUGAAGUCAGCAAAUUGCUGAUUUGGUGAUUUUGGGGUUUUAGUGACAAAUAGUGCAAAUUGUAAUAUUCCUAUUAUUAUUCAGUUAUGUUGCCCAAAGGUAUCAGUUCGCUUUUGUUGCAUGUCAAAUUAACCCGCCUGUUUUCAAAUUUAAAAAAUAUAUAUAUAUAUAUAUAUAUAUAUAUAUUUGUCCUUUAUUGAAAUUUUUGGGCAUUACUUUUUUCCAACACUUCCCCAUACAUGAUCAUAUAUAUAUAAAAAUGAAAAUGGCUAAAAGGGGGCAAAAAAAAUCAAAUUUAAACAAUAUUUGAAAAUAUAAUACACUCAUUCCCACUGUAUUUCAUAUAUGACAUUACACACACACUUUAAAUGGCCGGUCAGUCAUCAUUUUGAUGACAUCAUCCCCUUUCCCAUUGAGUUGAAUUUUUCUAAACGUAUUGCAUUCAAACCCAUUCAAAAUGGUUUCUGUUGCCGUGACGACGCAGCUAGCAUCGAUUAGCGCCACAUCUUUUUAUUUUGACGAGUAUUUAUUGGGAAAAUGUGCGAUACGGUAUUUUUGCUGCGGUAAAUGAACAUUUUACAAUUGAUUUUCCGCGGCAUUAUCAUUGUCAUCAUGAUUACAGGAGUCUGCCUCAAGCCAUACGCGACAUGGAUGUUGUUACUGUGCGCUUCCUUUAGGGGGCGCCGUAAUCACGAAAAGACAAUCAUUUUCAAACCCGCCCACCUUGCAAAGCUGUUUGGAGUAUUUUUUCCAUAUCCUCAAUAUGCAGCUUAAGGUGCAUGCACUAGUACAUUCUUUGUCCUCACUAGUAAGACAAUUCAGCGCACUUCGUAGAAUGACUGUCUUUGUAGUAACAUGUUUUCCAUUACUAGUUUCACUUUAGACCUACUAGUAUGGAAUGAAACCUUACUAGUAAACUACUGUGUUACUCUGGUAACACUACUAGACCCAGCUAGUAAGUAUGUGUCACACACUAGUAGCUUCCUGGAUCCUACUAGUCACGCCAAAAUGCCCACUAAUAGUUUUGCCUCACUAGUAACAAAGUUUUCCAACUAGUGUGCACAAAUUCCUAUAUACUAGUAGUGGAAAGAAUAUUAGUCGUGCACCGUAGUCCUGGUAGGGCAUUGAAUUGUCUUACUAGGGAGGACAAAAAGUGUAGUAGUACUAGGACCUGAUUCAAUAUCCUUGAGAUCCAACAUUAGGUCCAUCUACUAGUAUGCUCUUUGUCCUCACGAGUAAGACAAUUCUGCACACUAGUAGAACUACAUGUUACUAGUGAAGCAAAACAGUGCAUUAGUUGACAGCUGUGUGGUACCAGUAUUACUAGUGACACUCUAAAAUUCUACGAGUUAACAUCUGGAGCUUCACUAGUAGCACUCAGGUGCCAACUAGUGCACAGUUUUGCCUCACUUGUAACAUGUAGUUGUCCUACUGUUUGCCAAAGUUGUCCUACUAGUGCAGAAAUAUGAGUAGUAGUAGUAGUAGUGGGGGAAAAUGUUACUCGUAAGACACAGUCAUGCUACUAGUGCACUGAAUUGUCUUAUUAGUGAGCACAUAGAGCAUACUAGUAAAUGGACAUCAUGGAUACAGAAUAAAUGCGCAAACGCCAUUCAUUCGGUAUCCUUGAUGUCGCACUAGUAGGGCAAAAGUUGCACUACCAGGGGCGCUAGCUGUUCCUACUAUUGCACUGAAUUGUCUUCCUAGUGAGGACAAAGAACAUACUAGUAUUUGGAUCCUAAGCUGGAUAUGAAGGAUUUCAAAUAAACGCUCAAGCGGCUUUCCGUCCGCGGGCCACCAAAGCUAACACGCUCGCUUUCCGGUGUUCAUUUGUGCUGGUGACAGUCUGUUUUUUAUGGUGAUAUUAUUCUUAUAAUAAAUAUGAAUCAUCAGCAUCACGAUGAGGUCAUCGACACGAUGAAGACUUUCUUUGUGUAGCUUAGUUUAAUUUGAUGAAUAUCUAUAAAUAUCUUUUUGUUUGUUCGUUUGGGGGAUUUUUUUUUUUUUGUGUUGUUGUUGUGUUCUGAAUAAACAUCGCACGAUUUUUUCGACGCACAAGUUAAGCGAGGAUGUCACUGCUGCAUGGAUCAAGAGCAAAGGGGAAUAAAAUGUAAUAUCAACACACCGUCGUCACACGUAAAUAUAUGAAAGUAAAAAUGAAGAAAAAAAAGAGUAAAUAAAUCAUAGCUAAUAUAUUGUGUUGGGCUAGUCUGGUUUUUUUGUUGUAAAGAGACUUUUGUUGGAGAAUGAUAUACAAUUUGUGUAUAUUUUCAUAAAUAAAAGUAUGCACUGAUAUGUUAUUACAAAAUCUAUACUGCUUUUACAAAAAAAAGAGUGUUUGUUAUUGUACCAAAGUAUCUGAUGCUACCCUUCUUGCGCCCCCACCCUCGCUCCCCUUUUGCGUAUGUUUUACCGUAUUUUAUAUAUUAAAUAGACAAGUUG